CGCAGACCAGCAGCUGCACUCCUUCACAGACCCGUGCUAUUAUUGUCCUCGCUGGACUCCCGUAGGCUCCGCUCGAGCGAGCUGACAGGAAUGCGGCCUGGAAACAUUCCCACCGCAUGCGUUCAGAAACGACCCCGGCCAGCGGACAGGAAGUGCGUCACGCUCUGGAUGCUUUCUUUAUGUAACGGCCGCUCGCUCUCAGCAUGCUUAGACGCUGACCUCCGUUGGCAGGAGCCCGGAGGGGACUCGCUCGCCUCUCUAUGCCCGCGUCACACCGUCUUCGGUCUCCAGCGGCGCGUCCGGCGCGGUCCAGCUCGGCCUGGAGGUCACCUGACGGUCUCAUGUCGUUUGGUGAAUUCGGUUCAUUGCUAUUCUUAGCAGCGCUCAGUGCCGAGGACGAGCGAGCCGCGGGCUGGGGAUGAUGGGUACGAACGCUCUGAUGCUCAGCUGGUCGUCCCCGGAGCUGGAGCCCAGCCAGAUCCGUCUCAUCGUCUACCAGGACUGCGAGCGGCGCGGCAGGAACGUCCUCUUCGACUCGGACGCCAGAAAGAGAAGCACGGAAGACGCCCCGGUCACGAGGGUGUGUGGAGAGGCCCAGGCGAAGAUGUUUGGGAAGUGUUGUCAGCUGAGGCCCACGGGCGGCAGCUCCAGUUCUCUGGACAGCAGCUCGUCCUGCGCCUCCGAGCCCAAAGAACAGAACCGCUUCCAGGGCUCCUCCCGGUGCUCGUCGGACGCUAACAUGCUCGGAGAGAUGAUGUUCGGCUCGGUGGCCAUGAGCUACAAGGGGUCCACGCUGAAGAUCCACCAGAUAAGAUCUCCGCCACAGCUGAUGCUCAGUAAAGUGUUUACAGCGAGAACGGGCGGGAGCGUCUAUGGAAGCCUGAACACACUGCAGGACAGUUUAGAGUUCAUCAAUCAGGACUCUGGAGCGCGGCCCGAGCAGAACACCGCCGCUAACGGCUUCCUGGGCAGCAUAGGUUUCUCUCAGCUCUGCAGCCCGCGCCGGGCGCUCUCAGAGCAAGGCCCUCUCCGUCUCAUCAAGAGCGCCUCUUUCUUUUCAGGACACAGUAACCCCAUGGACAUGCCGGGCCGAGGCCUGUAUGAUGAGAGAGACAGCGGCAUUGCUCGCUCAGCAUCUUUAAGCAGCCUGUUGAUCACCCCGUUUCCGUCACCGGGCUCCUCUCUCACCAGCAGCUGUGCUAGUAGCUACCAGCGACGCUGGUUACGAAGCCAAACCACCAGCCUGGAGAACGGUGUCUUCCCUCGAUGGUCUGUGGAGGAGAGCUUCAACAUGUCUGACGAGAACGGCGGGCCGAGUUUGGGCGUCGCCAGGAAGAAGAAGAUCGCCAUUGGUGUCAUCUUCAUGCUCUCGCCCAACGAGGAAGAAAACGCCAAGUUCCAGGACUUUUUCUUCUCUCACUUUCCUCUCUUUGAGAGUCACAUGAACAAACUCAAAAGUGCCAUUGAGCAGGCUAUGAUACUGAGCCGCAGGUCAGCUGAUGCCAGCCAGAGAGCUUUGGCUUACAGUCGCAUGGUGGACGGCCUCAAUGAGUUUAGGACGACCAUCUGCAACCUGUACACCAUGCCGCGUGUGUCUGAGCCCGUCUGGCUCACCAUGAUGUCGGGUCCCCCUGAAAAGAACCAGCUUUGUGGCCAGUUCAUGAGGGAGCUGGCCCUGCUCAUGGAGCAAGCCUCCAAGAACCAAUUCCUCCCAGCUCUCCUCACCGCGGUUCUAACUAACCAUCUCGCCUGGGUUCCCACGGUCAUGCCCAACGGUCAGCCACCCAUAAAGAUCUUCCUGGAGAAGCACUCGUCUCAGAGCGUGGACAUGCUGGCGAAAACGCAUCCCUACAACCCACUUUGGGCGCAGCUUGGUGACCUGUACGGAGCGAUCGGCUCACCUGUGCGUCUGUCCCGUACGGUGGUGGUCGGCCGGAGACAGGAGCUGGUGCAGCGUCUUCUCUAUGUGCUGACCUACUUCAUCCGCUGCUCGGAGUUACUGGAAACGCACCUGCUGGAGAGCGCCGAGGACGAGGCCAUCGUGAUGCCCGGCUCGCUCAUCACCACGUCGCUGCGCCGCGGAGAGGUGGAGGAGUCCGACUACGUGCUGGUCACCGUGCACAAGCCGAGCCAGGACUACCUUUCCCAGGGUGCUGAGGGGGAGGAUGGCUACCCGUCUGAUGACAACGGCUUACAGAGCGGCACGUACAUGGACCCGGAAGCCCCAGGUGAGCUCAAGCGCCCGCAUCCCGCCGCUCCGGAGCCGGGCCGAAUCGGCGACGCUCCGGUCUGCAGAGAAGCAGAGAGCCCGCGCCUCGAGACUCGACUGGAAACCGUGCUCAAAGUCGGCUCCAACUCGCCGUGCGAGAGACGACCCUCGCUGGAGAUUCAAGUGGAUGAGGCGGAGCCGGUCGGCGUGCCCAUCAGGAUCUUCCAUCCAUCAGAUAUCCUGCUAGAAAAGAAGCCCCCCGACAAGAGCUUCGAGAACGCCGGGAACGAGCCCUCCGCUAAAGUCACAUUCCUCAUCGGAGACUCCAUGUCUCCUGAAUCUGACAUGGAGAGUCGGCAGCAGAAGCUGGAGGAGGAGAUCAAGAAGCACAAGAAGCUUCUCAAGGACAACCAGCAGAAGCAGUGUCACGGCGAGGCGAAGCUGGACCAAAUCAAGAGCAGAACGAGAAAGACGUCUCAGUGGUGUCCGAGAGCGCAAGGCGACUGCGUGGACAUGUUUGACGAGUAUUUCAGCGAUGACAAUCCCGUGGAGACGAGGACUAUUGACGACGUCUACCGAGCGGAGAUGAAAGGCGCGGGAAGCGGUGGCCCGCGGUCGGACGCUGUCGGGUGUGAGUGCGCCGCGGGUGGCGUCGGAGCGGGCUGCUGUAAGACCUGUUCUGCCGAGCAGGACAAGGGCAUCGAGAUGUCGCUGAGCGUUCCUUCACAAGGCACCGUGGGGGAGAAAAAGAAAGCGGCGCCGCUGAACGACUGGGAGAUCCCGCGCAACGAGAGCUCGGACAGUGCUCUGGGGGACAGCGAGAGCGAGGACGCCGGACAGGAGCUACCCCGGCAGGAGCCCGAUGGGCCCUUCUACUCUGACGAGCAGGGAGACUGGCAGGAUGAGCUCGAGGUGCCUUUACCCGGGGCGAAGCUGGUGGAGAACUACUCCAAACCAAGCAUUGCCAACUUCGGGAGGUCACUCUUCGGUGGAUACUGUCCCACGUACGUCCCAGACUUUGUUCUGCAUGGAGCCCCCAGUGAUGAGAAACUGAGGCAGAACCUCGUGUCGGAUCUGGCCCAUGCUGUGCAGCAUCCCGUGCUGGACGAGCCCAUCGCCGAGGCCGUCUGCAUUAUCGCAGACACCGAUAAGUGGAGCGUGCAGGUGGCCAGCAGCCAGAGACGAGCCUCGGACAAGCUGGGCAAAGAGGUGCUGGUCUCCAACCUCGUGUCCAACCUGCUCCAGUCCACCUUCCAGCUCUACAAACUCAACCUGUCGCCAAACUUCUGUAUAAUGCAUCUGGAGGACCGGCUGCAGGAACUCUACUUCAAGAGCAAAAUGCUGGCCGAGUACUUGAAAGGACAGACCAGGGUGCACGUGAAGGAACUGGGCAUGGUUCUAGGGAUCGAGUCGAACGAUCUGCCCCUGCUAGCGGCCAUAGCGAGCACACACUCGCCGUACGUGGCCCAGAUUCUGCUGUAGGCCACACGGAGAGCGAGAGAGACUCCAUUCCCCUCCGGCGGACGGGUGGGGGCCCCCGGGGGCCCCCCCGAGACUGCUGGAGCCGGGAGGCCGUUGGGGGGACGGUCUCGGGGCGAGCAGACUGCAGGACAGACGCUCUGCCGUUAACCCAGAGCUCCCCUCACAGUGACCUGGGAAGUACGACGUCUCAACGGCGGACGCACGGAGUGCAUUUUUAUUUUUAUUCCAUAAACCACGUUUUGUUUUUAUUUCUCGUUCUUUUACGCAACGUAAGAAUGUAAAAGCCAAAGAAGAAACCCGAGCAGCCCUUGCGUACGUCAAGAACAAACACUGAAGCUGUUCCUGGCACCUUCUUCAAAUCAACGCAGGAAGCGGACACUUUUCUAAAAUCAGUUUUAUGAUUUUAAAUGAAUAUAUCACGGACUGUUGUCGAUCGAUCGUGGCGGUGAUGAUGUAAUAUUCCUUUCUUUUGUGUUUACAAGCGAAUUUACCCUGUCGUGUCCAGCUGAAAUGAGCUCUACCUCAAACCUGCAGUAUCUCACACACACACACACACACACACACACACACACACACACACAUCAUCUCACAUCCUAAAUCAAACAUUUGAGGUAAAGUCUUCAUUUAGUUUUUCAGUCACCCAAUAAUGAAAAGCAUGAAACCGUGGCACGAUUCUCAUGAAUGAGCUCUGUUUUUAUCGCUUUAGCUGUAACAGAAGUGUUUACCUGUCCUGUGGAAAUGAUUGAGAGAUGUAUUUUUUAUUUGAAGAGUCAUUUAGACAUUCUGUGUGAUGCGAUUAAUCUUAUUAUUUUUUUAAGGGAAUGAUUCGGUCGAGAGAAACGCGACGGUCACCAAUCACUACGUCAGGAUUUGCGCUGGACCCUUUUUUUAACACUGAUCCAGGGACAUUCAACAAUCUUCUUGUAUUUUCAGGAUUGAAAUGCUGAAUUGUUUUUUUUUGUUCACGUGUCUUGUUAGCUUGCCGAUUGUUUACUGAUGGAAUAACUGAGAAAUGGAUAAUAAAAGGAACACGCAAAGAUCCAAUCAGUCAGUGACUUGCGAAGAUGUUUCUGAACGGUUGGCUUGCUUCGUCUUCGGGUCAGACCGUACAUCCAAGUCUUAAUCGACAAAAGAAAAAUAGAAUAUAAAAACAAACCACAGGCUUGUUGCAGGUUAUUUUAGCUGGUGAAAACAUGUAGGAGUUGCUUCGGUGCAAAACAUUUUGUAUUAAAUAAAAAAAGAAAACUAUAUCCAUUUGUCUUCUCCAGAAUGUGUAUUUAUAUCUAAUUAUUUCUUUAUACAAAAAAGCAUUUAAUUUAUUUACUUGGCAUGCAUUGGUAAAUGUUAGCUGUAUAUACUGCAUAGAUUUUCUUCAUGUAUUUGUACAUAAAGCCUCUCUUUUUGACCUUAUCUUUGUUUCCCAGUUUUUAUGGGAAUAUUGUGCAAUAAAUAUGCUGACAAUACAAUUAUA